AUGAAAAUAAACAAUUUAAAAGGAGAAAAAUUAAGUAAUGUCUAUUUAUAUAAAAAUGGAGAAAUAAAAUUAAUAAAAGAAUUAGAAAAUGUUUUUAUUAAAAAUAUAUGUACAUGCAGUAAUAGCAUAAAUAUAUUAUUAAAAGAUGAAGACAAUAUAAAUAAAACAAACAAAAAUAAAUACAAUAAUACAUUAAUUCAAAUAAAUAAAGAAACAAAUGAAAAAUAUACUAAUUUGAAAAAUGGACAAAGUUAUAUAAAUAUUUCUUAUAGUAAUACUUUUAUUAACAAUUAUGUAAAUUCAGAUUUAAUUUUAUAUUCAAUUCAUGAACCACAUCAACAAAAAUUUAAAUAUGAAUUUGAAAAUGAUAAAACAAUAGAAAUAAAUACAAAAACAAAUACUCAAAUAAGUAUAAAUGAUUUAAGAAAAACACUUAUAAAAACUGGAAAAAAUAAUGUUUGGAUAUAUUGUCUAAAAAAAAAACAAGUUAAUACUAAAGAUGAAAAAGAAAAUUUAGAAUUAGAUCAUGAUAAUAAUUAUAAAAAUAAUGUAUACACAAAAUAUAUUCCUACAAAUUGCAAUAAAGUUUAUUUUUGUUGUUCUGAAUUUUAUGCAAUUGAUGAUAAAAAUAAUAUUUGUAAAUGGAAUAUAGAUAUAUCGAAUAAUACAAAUAUUAUAAAAUAUAAUUAUUUAUCAAAAUUUUUAAGUUAUAUCAAAUUUCCAGAAAAAAUUAUAGACAUAUCUUGUGGUUAUAAUCAUGCACUUUUUUUGUCCGAAAAUAAAAACUGUUAUGCAUUUGGUAGUAAUAAUAUUUAUCAAGUUUCGGAUAAAAAAACGAAAUAUUUUGAUAUUCCUCAAUUAAUAAAAAUUAACAAAAUAAAAUACAUAGCUUCUGGGCAUUCACAUAAUUUAAUUUGUACUUAUAAAAAUGAAAUAUAUGGUUGGGGAAAUAAUAUACAUAAACAGAUUUAUUUUGAAGAAGAUUUCAUCAAAACUCCAAAACUUAUUUUAAAUCAAACAAUAUGGAAUAAUAUUAACAAGCAAGCCAAAAGGGAGAAAAAAAAAUUGAAAGAAAUAAAAAAAGUAGAAAAUGGUAAGCCAAUGAAAGAAAUAAAAAACGGAAACAAGUUUGAGGUAAAAAAAUUAUGUUGCGGUUUUUCCUUUUCUUGCAUUCUUAUGAAAAAUAAAAAUUGUUAUGUUAUAGGUGUCACUGAUUUUAUGAAUAAUAAAAAUGGAAAAGAAACAAAAAUACAGACAUUUAAAAAAAUUAAUAAAAAAAAAAAAAUUGAUAAUAUUUUUUGCAAUUUUUUUGAUAUAAUACUUGUAGAUCAUCUUAAAAUUACAAAAGUAUUCCCACCUAUAAUUAAUCCAAAAUUAGACAAAAAAAUUAAUCUUUUUUUUAAUUUUAAAAUAAAAUGUAGACAUAAUUUGCAAAUUCAAUUAGCAAAUCAAUGCUUAUAUAAUUGUAAAAAUAGUAAACAAAAGAGUAAUGAAAAUAUUGAUGAAAUAGAAAAAGAAAAAAACGAAACAAAUGAAAAAAUAAAAAUCGAUUUUUAUUUUAAUUAUGAUAGUGAAAAUUAUGAAACAGACCAAAGUAAUGAUUACGAACAAAUUGGAGAAAAAAUUAAAUCAUCAUUACAAAAAUAUCCAAAAUAUGUUUGCAAUCGAAAUAACCAACAUUGCUCCCCGCUAAAAAUUGAUACAAAAAAUAGAAAUAAAAAAUUAUUAAUUAAUUUAAUUUGCUCAAAUGUAAUCCUUAAUUAUAAUAAAACAAUAUAUGUCUCAGAAUAUGAAGGCAAAAUAAAAAAUAUUGUUCCUAACAAUUUUUCCUUAAUGAAAAAUCUUAAAAUAAAAAUUAAAAUAAAUAAAGUCCCUAUACACAUAAAUUCAGAUUAUAUAUACGUUUUAUAUGAAUAUGUAAAUGAAAAUAAUCAAAAUAAAAUUUACAAGAUAAUUAAAGGAGUUAUGAAUAAAAAAAGGACACAAAUAUAUUCAAAAUUGCCAAUAUUAUUACAAAGUGAUAUUAAUUGUAAACAAAACAAUAUGCAUUUACCUACUAACAAAAAUAAUGGUGCAUAUGAAAAUGACACAUGUGAAAAUGAUACCUUUUCGGAAACAUGUUAUGAAAAAGACAACCCUAAUCACACACAUACAUUCACAAAAUGUAAUGUAUAUUAUUCAUUUGGUUUUAAUUUUUAUAAAAAUCCAUUUUCUAUGUUAUUUAUAAAACCAGAAAUAUUAAAUAUAUCACCAAAUACUAUUAAUUUACAUGAAAAUAAUAUUAUACAUAUUGAUAUGGCAUAUAUUUCAAAAUCUUUUAAAUUUAUAUAUGUAAUUUUAUAUAACACUAAUUUUAAUUUUAUACUCACAAAAGCUUACUACGAUUCAUAUACAAAUAACUAUCGCUUCACAACUCCACUAAUUUCAACUACAUUAUUCAAGCAGUCUCAUCACGAUUUCAUAAACUUCCAUGUGUUUGCUUCCUAUAACAACGCUGAAUAUAGUGAAAACGAAAUUAAAUUGACUAUUGUAAAUGUAUAA